UACCGACCCAUUUUCUUCAUCUCCUCUCCCCGACUCUUCUUCCCUAUUCCGCGUUACCUCUCCUUGCCAUCAGUGAUUUUCUCUCGUCUUCUCGGUGUCGUCGACGCAGAUCAAGUCUCGGAGCGUGGAGGAUAGGAGCUAGCUACAACAAUCCUUCUCCCCUCUGGCUUCUUUCUUUUUGUCGACCUCGGCAAGCGGUAGGGUCACGCCUCCUUGCGCUGACUGCCGAUGCCACUGGAUCAAGGUAGAUCCAUGAAUCGUCAGCGUGAGGAGGCAUCUAGGGCUCCGAGGCUGUUGUCGAUCUUGGAGGUGGAAGAUUGCUUGUUUUCGGCCACCGUACCAUUCUUAGUUAGCAGCCUGCAUCACUGGAUCUUGGAGGGGAAGAGAUUCCAGCAGGUGUUGUGUCUUGUGGAUCUGAAAUUGUGUACUGUGGGGUGUUCUUGGUUUCGGCAGCCACUCAAUCCAGCAGCUCACCUUGUCCAGCAUCGACAGCGGCUGAGCUUGAGAUACAGGAAAAAGGAAAGUGGACUAGCUGUGGAGGCUGGGGGUCAAUGCAGAUCAAGAUGUUGAGGCUGUCAGGAAAUUCCGGUGCUAGCCCCCUUGUCAUGUUGGAUUUUAGAUUUUCAAUUUUAUAGUUCCUUGUUGAGAUUUGUUAUAUUAUGGACUGUGUGAUUGUAAUUGUGGACUUAAUGUCGAGCAUUUGGUUUCACUA